UAACAAUUAACAUUAACAAAAGUUUUGAUAUAAUUGCUUUUUUUGUUCAACUAAUAAUUGCAACAUAACCUUUAUUUAUCCUGUCAAUAGUCAAAUUACUCGUUUUUUUAAGUACAAUAAAAUAACUAAUUAAAUGUAGUCCAACCCUUUUUAAAUUAAAUAGCAUGCGAUUAUUUUAAAUUCCGUAACAUUCGCAAUAUUACUAUGGAUGAUGACUGUAAAGAUUACAGGAAAAGCAAACCACAACAAAAAAUUUACAAACCUGGCAGUGGGCCUUUGAGACGAUCAAGGCAUGGCUUGGACUGCAAAAUGGAAUCUUACGAAAUAGAUAAUAGUUACAAAGGUAAAGAGUCGAACCGUUAUGGAUCUCAAAAUUCCAUCAAUGGCGAUGAUUUAAGAUGUAGACCACAAUCAUCUAAUCCUAGACAUAAAAAACCUGAACAGCAAUUGUAUGUGCCAAGGUCCUCCGAUUCCUUUGGUGAUGUCGAGAAACAUUCUAAGGGUUCCUUGAGGUGUGAUAAUUCUAGUCAGUACAAUAACAGAAGAAUGUCAAACAAUCAAGAAAAUAAGGUAGUUUCAAGUAAUGCUCCUGCUCCAUUUCCCAAGGGUUCUUUGGGUCGAGAUAAGUCUGUAACAGAUUACUAUCAUAAUGAUAGAACCAGUAAUGAUAUUAAUUCCAACAAGAACAGGCAUGGCUCUGAAUCAAGAUCAUCUUCACCUGCACACUAUUUACAAGAUCAAAAUGCUGUAGACAGAAACCGCGACAGCAGAAGUAUGGAGACAUGGGCUGGUAGGCACAAAUCUGGUUCAGGUGCAAAACCACCCUCAGGUCGCAGAAAUUCUGCUGGUUAUCCAACUGAUCUACCUAGGCCUAAGCAUAUCAAUUUGGAUAAUAUCCCACCAAGAUUUAGAAAGAAAUUUUUGGAACAAGCUGGACACCAAAAUUAUGAAAGUGGAGACCAACUACAUAGAGAUGGACAUUCAUCAUCAGCUCAAUCCAUUAACAACCCUAAUCAAUUUUGUACUACAAAUGCAAAUUGGUCCCAAACUUUACCAUCAAGAGGUAGAGGUCGUUUAAGGGACAAUGAGCAUUUUGACAGGGAGAAAUUCCUCAAUUCAUAUUUAAAAAAUCAUGAUGUACAUAACUCAAGAAGAUCUACACCGAGCAGUUCUUACAUGAAUUUAUAUGAACCAAAUGUAGUUGAUAAUAGUCACAUUAAUGCAAAAUCAGAAGAAGUAUUUAGCAAAGGAGAUCAGCAUGAAUCUUAUGAUAGUGUAAGUGAAAAUGGUGUUAGUAAAUCAACCAAUGAACAAGAUAAAUCUGAAGAAGUUGAACCUGGUAAUGAUACACAAAAUGAAAGUGAAUCUGCCUUCAAAUUAACAAGCCUUACUGAUAUGUCUAAUUUGGAUUGGUCAGAAGAGGUGGAAAAAAACAUAAAGCUGGAUGAUAUGUGUGACACAUCAACAAGUUUUUCACAAAGUGUCAAAAUGUCUGUAACGGAAGAAGUGAAAUUACCUGAACCUAGAGAGUCUAAACGAAGCGGAAGAUCAAAACGACGAGACAAAAGGAGUUCUAGUAGAGGUCAAAGGAAUGUUGAAAAGAAAGAGAGAAAUAGAAAGGAUAGUAACGUUAGUACUCAAAGUAAACCUGAUUGGAACAGACGGGACAGUAAUGUCAGCGUUCAUCAUGACGUAAUGCCAACAAAUCUUAAGCAACGAGAGAGGGAGAGAAGAGACAGUCACAGAAGUAAUCGUUCAUCUACUAUCGGAAAUAGUAGGGAUGAUUUAGAUAAGUGGAGAUCUUUACGAUCGUACAGUAGGGAACAGAGCACCGAAAGAAGACUUGUGUCACAAUGUAAUAGCAGAGACACUUCAUCUAACCGUGCCUUGAGUCCAAGAGAUAAUGAUGGUUUCAGAUUACCAAAACCAGUUGCAUCCAUGUCUACAAGUCAGCAGAAGAAUAACGGUAGCUGGUACAGUGGACGGCCAUCGAGUAUAGAGAGAAGGAGGCACUCUCCAACACCCAGUACAGCCAGCAAGGAACCUGUGAGCGAGGGUCACCAGGGUGGGGGAGGUCGCCGCUCCAAGAAGCGCUCCUCUCGCCGCAGAGGGAGGAACAGUGAGAAUGUACAGCCCGCCACACACCAACCACCGGGCUCCACUCCCGCACCCACUAAUAUCAAUUGGAGGGAAGAGAUAUUGGAGUCAAAGAAACAUCACAAUAUAAAUGAUAGAGGGCACGAUCAUCAGAGGAACAGGUUGAACAGUGUGUUGUCAGAUAAAUCUGCGACGGACACUUCCAGUGGACAGCCAGGAUUAAUUAUAUUACCACAAAGUUCUAUGUCGACAUUACAUAAAGAUGGGCGCUCUGGACCUCUUGAUAAUCAAAAGACUUUGUUUGACCACCAUAAUCCAUCCAAGCCUAUAAUUGUACAGACUAGUCCUUCUAAAAUUGAUAUGAGAAUGGAACAUGGUAUGCGGGAGGCGGCGUGCCGCGGCGGCGGCGGCGGGGGCGGCGGUGGGGGCGGGGGCGGUGGCGCGGAGGCGGGCGAGGCGGCGCGCGCGGCGCGGCACGUGGCGCUGCUGCAGCAGGUGGACCGCGCCGACGCCAUCCUGCGCACGCACGCGCUGCGCCCGCCCGCCGCGCUCGCCGCGCACUGGCAUGACGUCAUCGAAACUAGAAAGUUUUUGCAGAGUGCCCUCCAAAGUUUGUUAAUGUCCGAUUUGAAAUAUUGCCAGUCGGAUAACAUCGAGCAUCAGUUUUGGAAAAUGUUGUACUACAACUUUCUGGAGGUGCUGAGGAAGAGCAUCCCGCAAGUCCCUCCCGAAGUGAAGCCGGACGUUAUAAAACUGAUCAAUACUAUAAUAGAGGAGGGCAACGUUUUCUUCGAGAAUCUCUUACAAACUUUGGAGAAAACGUACAAGUUCAAUACGGAUGACUAUUUAAACGACAAUCACGUGUUGCCGCCGAAGGGUCUCGGCUACGUGGGCCUCGCCCUGAUCUCAGUACAAAAGUUAUACGUGUUUUUGGGAGACUUAGCUAGGUAUAAGGAACAAGUGAAUGAAACUAAUAAUUUCGCUAAGAGUAAAUUUUGGUACACGAAAGCUCAACAGAUAAAUCCGAAAAAUGGAAGGCCGUAUAAUCAAUUAGCUUUACUAGCUAUAUACGCUAGGAGAAAAUUAGACGCUGUGUAUUAUUACAUGAGAAGUUUAAUGUCAUCGAAUCCUUUUCAAUCAGCUCGCGAAAGUUUAUUAUCAUUAUUUGAUGAAAACAGGAAAAAGUACGAGGCGGCGGAGAAGAAGCGUCGUCUGGCGGAGGUGGCGAAGGCAGAGAGCGAGGAGGCGAGCGCGGUGUGCGAGGGCGGCCGCCGCGAGGUGUGGCUGCGGCCCCUCGCCGCAACACGCCACAAUGACACCUUCGACCACAUGACACCCGUCGAGUUAAAUAAAAACUUCAUCACCAGUUAUCUGCAUGUUCAUGGAAAAUUGAUAACGAAAAUUGGUAUGGAGAGCCUGCACGAGAGCGCGCGGCGCAUGCUGCGGCAGUUCCGCGCGCUGCUGCACCGCCAGCCGCUGCCCACCGCCGCCGCGCGCCUGCUGCACCUCACCGCGCUCAACAUGUUCGCCGUCGAGACCACCGCCGCCGCGCGCCCAGAAUCUGGUGAUAAGAAUGGUCGGUCGGCGUGGCUGGAGUGUGCACUUAGCGUGUCGCUGCUGAUGUUUGGCGCGCUGUUGGAGCGGUGUUGUGCGCUGCUCCCCGAGCCGCCUAACUCACAGCAGCACGCUGAUGCCUUCCUGCUGUUACCAGCUAUCAAGGUUACCAAUCUUUUUUUGUCCAUCCUCUCUUCUCAUUAAAGCGAACGUACCGAACUCUAGCCUAUGGCUUC